AUGGUCCAAGCCACUUCAGACCACGAACUCAUCCGCAAUUCCAUCGCACGCUACUGCAUCGGCGUCGAUCUCAAAGACUGGAAAACCUUCUCAAAUGCCUUCCUCGACAACGCUAAGGUAACAUUCCCUGGGCCUGGCGGCACCAUCGAAGGGGCCACAGCAAUCAAGGCGGCAGUACAGGGCAUGGUUGGAAACUUGCAAACGCAACAUGCUCUAACCACGCAGCUCAUCGAAGUUACGAGCGAAAUAACUGCCAACGCCACGACUUACUGCAGAGCCGAAAUAUUCGGCGUGGGCGAGGACGAAGGCAAACGUGUGACUAAUUGGGGCAUUUAUCAAGAUAAGCUUCUUAAGGGCACUUUUGACGGGCAAGAAGAUUGGAAGAUCGCUGAGCGUAACGCUAUUCGAACGGCGCCUCUCGCUGGAGAUCUGUCCUUGAUUGGGAUGUAG